GUUUCUGCGAACGGGAGAAGGAGAGCAGCAAGGGAAACAAGUGAGGGGAAACGCUGCGUCUUGUGUUGAGUCCUCUCCCACUCCUGCUCCCAUUCUGGUGGUGCGACUUGUUCGAUUCUCUGCCAUUUUCUCUGCUGAUGUUCUGUUGCUCAAUGCUUUGGGUCCUCAACUGAUACCCAACUCCUCAAAUCCCUGAACUGAUCAAAGUAAUCUGGGCUCGAUUCAAAGACAGGAACAUGGGAACCUUGGGUAAAGCAUUCUACUCUGUUGGGUUCUGGAUCCGUGAGACGGGCCAAGCCCUCGAUCGCCUUGGCUCCCGUCUUCAGGGAAACUACUACUUCCAAGAACAGCUGUCUAGGCAUCGGACUCUCAUGAAUGUAUUUGACAAAGCUCCUGCGGUUGAUAAGGAAGCAUUCGUAGCCCCUAAUGCAUCAAUAAUUGGCGAUGUUCAGGUUGGGCGGGGUUCUUCCAUAUGGUAUGGAUGUGUCCUGAGAGGUGAUGCUAACAGCGUUAGUAUUGGAUGUGGAACCAAUAUACAGGACAAUUCUCUUGUCCAUGUGGCAAAGUCAAAUUUGAGUGGGAAGGUCUUACCAACUAUCAUUGGAGAUAAUGUCACUGUAGGUCAUAGUGCUGUAUUACAUGGAUGUACUGUUGAGGAUGAGGCAUUUAUUGGCAUGGGUGCUACCUUGCUUGAUGGGGUAUAUGUUGAGAAGCAUGCCAUGGUUGCUGCUGGAGCCCUUGUUAGGCAGAAUACCAAGAUCCCCUAUGGAGAGGUUUGGGGAGGUAAUCCAGCAAGGUUCUUGAGAAAGCUCACAGAAAAUGAAAUGGCCUUCUUCGCUCAAUCAGCUUUAAAUUACGCCAAUUUGGCUCAGGCUCAUGCUGCUGAAAAUGCAAAACCAUUGGAUACGACUGAAUUUGAGAAGGUUGUCCGGAAGAAGUUUGGUCGACGUGAUGAGGAAUAUGAUUCAGUCCUAGGUGUUGCCAGGGAACCUCCAGCAGAGCUUCCCCUCCCAAAGACCUCUUAAAAUCUUUUGUAUUAGGCUUCCUUGAGAUUUGCUUGUGUGGAUCUCUGUAAUUUGCAAUUUAUCGGAGAACAGCUGCUUUUGUUUCCAAUAAUUGUGGGCUCUUGCUGAUGUCACAAAUGUCCUACUAUGAUGCAAAUAUUUGAUCCGCGGCUGUGGUCAUUUUCGCCCGUCAAUUAGAUCUUUCUUGAUAAUAAUGACAGAGUAAUCUGGAUAUGGUUUCUGGCA